CGAGGCAGCAGGAGACACAGGCUGCUCUUUAUAGGCUACUUCACAGACACGCCCACUUCCUAGGUCUGCGACGUCCAGUUUCUGUGCGGCACGCCCACUUCGCGGGACGUCACCGAAGGGAGGGGCUGCGGUGGAGUGCGGCUGCGCUCCUGUAGCUCUCAGCCUGCAGUCGCUCGUAAUAACAGCAGCUCUAUGAUGUUGGUGCGCGGAGCCAGCGCCGCCGCUAGUCGUGCUUACCGCAGAGCAAUGAGGAAGCUGCGCCAACAGCAGCACCAGUGACGGGACAGCGGGCCAGGAGGAAGCACUGUCCUUACCGUAUUCUACCUUAUACCACCGCCUCCCGGAGGACGUGCCUCGCUCCGGCUACUCCUGCGCCUCACCCGAGGGUCUCGGCAGUCGCCUGAGCCGUCCGGUUUCCCGUCUCUUCUGGCCAGUGGAUAUAUCCAUGGCAGUAGUGAAAAUGCAUUCCUUGCUAGCUUCCGAUAUUCUGUUAUGAGAAGAACACCAUAACCACUUGUAAGGAUUUCUUUCGCUGGAGCAGUAUGGCUGGUUUCAAGAGAGGAUACGAUGGGAAGAUUGCGGGACUUUAUGACCUGGAUAAGACCUUGGGUAGAGGACAUUUUGCGGUCGUCAAGCUUGCCCGUCAUGUCUUCACGGGUGAAAAGGUAGCAGUGAAAGUAAUCGACAAGACCAAAUUAGACUCUUUAGCUACUGGGCAUCUUUUCCAAGAAGUCAGAUGCAUGAAACUGGUGCAGCACCCAAACAUAGUCCGUCUAUAUGAAGUGAUUGACACACAGACCAAAUUGUAUCUGAUUUUGGAACUUGGAGAUGGAGGCGAUAUGUAUGAUUACAUAAUGAAACAUGAUGACGGUCUCAGUGAAGAUCUGGCCAAGAAAUACUUUGCUCAGAUAGUUCAUGCGAUCUCUUACUGCCAUAAGUUGCAUGUGGUGCACAGGGACCUAAAACCAGAGAACGUUGUGUUCUUUGAAAAACAAGGACUUGUGAAACUGACGGAUUUCGGCUUUAGCAACAAGUUUCAGCCUGGGAAAAAGCUGACGACAAGCUGCGGCUCGUUGGCUUAUUCUGCUCCUGAGAUACUGCUGGGUGAUGAAUAUGAUGCUCCUGCCGUAGAUAUUUGGAGUCUUGGUGUCAUCCUGUUCAUGCUGGUGUGUGGGACUCCUCCAUUCCAAGAAGCCAAUGACAGUGAAACGCUUACAAUGAUCAUGGACUGUAAAUAUACGGUGCCCAAGCAUGUGUCCAAAGAGUGUAAAGACCUGAUCACACGUAUGCUCCAGAGAGAUCCCAAGCGAAGAGCAUCUCUAGAGGAAAUUGAAAACCAUCCUUGGCUCCAAGGAGUUGAUCCGUCACCUGCGACAAAAUAUAACAUUCCUUUAGUGUCCUACAAAAACCUCUCUGAGGAGGAACACAACAGCAUUAUACAGAGGAUGGUUCUAGGCGACAUAGCAGAUCGGGAUGCCAUUGUUGAUGCUUUGGAAACCAACAAGUACAACCACAUCACGGCCACCUACUUCUUGUUGGCUGAGAGGAUAUUGAGAGAGAAGCAAGAAAAGGAGAUCCAAACACGGUCUGCCAGUCCCAGUAACAUCAAAGCCCAAUUCAGGCAAUCAUGGCCCACAAAGAUUGAUGUUCCACAAGACUUGGAGGAUGAUCUGACGGCCUCUCCACUGGCCCACGUGAGUGUCCCAGCAACAUCAGCACGAAGUGCAGAAAAUGUGCUGAAUGGCCAUAGAAAUAAAGGCCUUGUGGAACCACUGAAAAAGGAGGAUGUGCCAGAUUUUUCUGGACCAGCAACUUCAGGAAUAACUCCUGUGGCCCUGAACCCAUCAACAAGUGGAAGGAAAUGUCUUUUCAGAGUAGAGGAAGACGAGGAGGAAGAUGAAGAAGAUAAGAAGCCUGUUCAACUAUCCACACAAGUUGUUUUGCGCCGCAAGCCCUCUGUUACAAAUCGCCUAACAUCCAGGAAGAGUGCCCCAGUGCUCAACCAGAUCUUUGAAGAAGGAGAGUCUGAUGAUGAGUUUGAUAUGGAUGAAAAUCUUCCCCCAAAGCUGAGUAGAUUAAAAAUGAACAUAGCAUCUCCUGGUACUGUGCAUAAAAGAUACCACAGAAGGAAAAGCCAAGGUCGGGGCUCAAGCUGUAGCAGCUCAGAAACGAGUGAUGAUGACUCUGAGAGCAGGAGGCGUCUGGAUAAAGAUAGUGGCUUUACCUAUUCGUGGCACAGAAGAGACAGCAGUGAAGGUCCUCCAGGAAAUCAAGGUGAUGGGGGAGGACAAAGUAAACCAAGUAAUGGAAGUACAGGUGUUGACAAAACUAGUCCAAGUGAUAACAAAGGAGGUGGCAGUCCGUCUAGUACUUCGGGAGGUAACACCAACAAUUCUUCUGGGAACAGCCGUAACUGCGCUGGUUCUGGGAACUCAGUGCAACAGUCUUCAAGAACCGCAGGAGAACUUGUAGAGAGCCUGAAACUCAUGGGUUUGUGUUUGGGCUCCCAACUCCAUAAUGGAGCCAAGUAUAUAAUUGACCCUCAAAAUAACCUGUCAUUUUCAAGUGUCAAAGUGCAGGAGAAGUCUAGCUGGAAGAUGUGCAUCAGCUCCAGUGGCACUGCCAGUAAAACGGCACCUACUGGCAGUAUAAAAUUAUUCUCUGGCCAAAUGUCAGACACUGCUCAUGAACUAGAACUUCUGAAGAGCAAGAACUUUAAGAACAAUGUUUUACAGCUACCUCUUUGCGAAAAAACAAUAUCUGUGAAUAUCAAGCGGAAGGAGGGACUACUGUGUACUGCUAGUCAGGCCAGCUGUUGCCAUGUGAUAUAACAGUUGCUUGCUGUACAUAGCAGUGUGACACCAUUGUUCAAGGCUGAGAACAUUUACUGUUUUUUGUCUAUGCCAUUUUUGUCGUCUUAUUUUUUUAAUUUUUUUUAGGUGGGCUUCAUGGGCAAUUAUUUAUUACUGUUUUAUUUGGUUUUUGCCGGGUAGAUCAGCAGCACAUUGUAUUUCUAUGCAUGCUGCUCGCUGACACGUUUUUUUGUAGCUCAUCCUGACUAUUUUUACUGUGUAAAUUUCAAUUGUUUUAACAAAAACAAAAAGAAAUCACUUUGAGUGUGACCUUCAAACAUAUUUUGUGAGGAGCACUUAAAUCUCAUUUUCAGCACUUAAGCUAAGGAGAACUUUUUUAGGUUUCCUUAUUCGCAUAAUUCCAGUCCUUACUAUUGUGAUUGUUGUGUGUCUGAGAGAGAACCAAAGCAAUAAUGUUAUGUUGUAGAAAUCCUUCUCUAGGGUGGUCUUAUAUAUUCCAAGGCUUGCACAAAUUAAACAUGCACUGAAAUGCAGUGUUCCAAGACAUUUAAGUCCCUUAAUUGUCCUACAACUAUCAGAAUCUGCUUCGAACCACCCUAGAAUUUGAAGUAUUGUCCAAAAAGAUUAUGGCAACCUUCACUUUUAUUUUUACACAAAUGAAGACAAUCCUGUGAGCCUCAGUACAGGUUUACUUGAUCCCACUAAAUGGUUUCCUUGAUACAUAAUGAACCACUACCGUGUGGUUGUUUACAUAGCCAGGUAGGUCUCAGAAUUCUUUAAUGCUUCUGUUGUCGAACCGUUAUGUAAAAUCAUUUUCCAUAUAUGAUCUUGUACUAUAACGUAUCUAUAAAUAUAAUUUUUUUAAAGAAACAAAUAGACAUAAUUUUAAUUAGAACAAAAAAACAUAAUGUGUUUAUACAAAUGAUUUAUUUCUGCUUUGUAUUAGGAAAUCUAUUUAAUUCUGAAGUAGUCCAACACAUCUAAUGUCCAUGAAUCUGUUUUUCAGUAGAGAUGUUUAGUCAUAGAACUACUUACAAAGGUGGAACAUUUUUUUUUGUGGUGAGAUUUAAUCUAAUUACUUCUGGAAACUGGUACUUAUAAUGAAUGUACUCCUUUAAAAAGCAGUAUUUCCAUGUUGACUUUUAUGGUAUAUCUACAGAAUACCCCAUAAAUGUCUGAUAGGUGCAAGUCUCCACCUUUGGGACCUGUAGCUAUCUUGAGAACGGGAUUUCUCUCUUAACCUGUAUGGGAGUUCCGAAAAUAGCUGAGCAUGCUUACUCAACCUUACCAUAGAAAUGAAGUGGUGGCCGUGCAUGCGCUUCUUUCUAAAUUCACUUUUAUGGAUUUAGGAAAAUUGCAAAGUAAGCCUACCCCAAUUCCCAAGGUGGUACGCACACCUAUGGGACAUUUGUGGCAUGUCGAGUGGGUAGGAGUAACCCUUUAACAUCACACCGAUAUCGGGUCCAUAUUUUUUUUAUAUAUCUUAAAGUUGAGUUUUUCUCAGAGCUCUAAAUUCCCUGCAUUAAUAUAGCUGAAUGAUAAAAUUUUGUCUGUCUGAAAAUAGAUGGGGCAUAAUUCAUAAUGUUUUAUAAUUGUGUUCAUUAUAUUAAAGGGUUUGUCUAAAGUUAUAAGAAUUAAAGGUACCUGCCGGAAAUCUUUUAAAAGGCCCACUGUCAAAUCUGCUGAUGCAUCGGUGAGCCCUGUCCGUCUUUGGCUGCAAUAAUCAGGAGUUGGUAUGGCACGUCAUUGUUGCACGAAAAUUAAGUCACUGACUUCAGCAGUGAUCAUAGCAUGUACAGCACAUGACCGCUGAGACCAGUAAUUGGUUGGCAUGGCCACAUAAUUUUAUGACACGUCAAGGCCUGUCGGGGACAGUCAGUGCGGCUGAGCAUCUGACAACUGAGUACUGUUUGGUUUACUAUAUUAUAAGGUUUGCUGCCAAAACUUUCAGUUUCUUCACUUUCGGAAACCUGUUUAACGUUUGCUAUAAGCCACCUCUUGUGGUGGCUACAGGAAGCCAGAAUUUUACCAUUGAACUGCAUACUUAUCAAGGGGGUUUAGAGCUCUUUGCUACUUACGGGUCUGUUUUUCUCAUACAAAGAUGGACCUAUUUAGAU